CUCAAUUGGCACAACAACACUAAGAGCCUUUCUUUUAUAAUCAUUUUGCAUAUCUACUUGAUAUAUUCAUUUUUAGAAAAUGUCAGGAGGAAAGGGAGUUACAAUUAUUGCAGUAGCUGUGAUGCUUUGCAUCCUUCUUCAAACCAGCAUUUCAAGUGCAGCUACUUUUCCUGCUGGUGGCGCUAAUGGUUGGGGUUUCAAUAUGAAUGGUUGGCCUAAUGGCCAGACUUUCAAGGUUGGCGAUGUCAUUGAAUUUAUAUACAUGCCUGGGAUGCACAACGUUGUGAAAGUGAGCGAGGCAGGAUUUGACUCUUGCGAUGGUACUGGAGGACAAGUUUUUAGUUCAGGAGACGACAAAGUAACACUUGUACGAGGAACACAGUACUUCAUUUGUACUAUCGGGCCACAUUGUUCUAAUGGCGUUAAGGCUGCUGUUACUGCCAAUUAAUUUAUUUCAAAUUAAAUCUAGUAGUAUUGUUUCAUUCCAAUUGUUGUACUUCGGAGUACCAAUGAUAUAUAUAGAAUGUUUUAUUUCUUGAUCCAUAUAGAUGUUUUUGGCU